AUGCGGUCGUCGCACGCGCGCGCAUUGAUGCGAGCGCUGCGGCGCGCCUCGAGCACGCCACGCAUCAUGAGCCUGCUACCCUCCGCGACGGAAAUUGUCGGCGGCCUCGGCCUAGAAGGUCACUUAGUGGGCGUGUCGCACGAGUGCGACGUGGCACCGACGGCGGACCGCCUGCGAGCGGUCCUCGAGGCGGGCUGCGAGCGCGUGACGACGUCGGACAUCGAUCCGCACGCCUUACCCCAGGGCGAGAUCGACCGGCGCGUCAAGGCAGCUCUCAAGGAAGGCGGCGACGGCGCGCUGUACGGCGUCGACGCGGCGGCGGUCGCGCGAGCUGCUCCUACGGUGCUCCUGACGCAGACGUUGUGCGGGGUCUGUGCGCCGGCGACGAGUGCUGUCGAGGCGGUCCUCACAGCGGCGGACGUUGCGCCGGUAGUUGCCAACUUGGAGCCGACGACGAUAGACGACGUCGCGGAGUCCUUCAAAACCGUCGCACGGGCGUGCGGCGUACCGGCACGCGGCGAAGAUCUAGUGGCAGAAUUCUACGACCACUUGGACCGCGUCCGGCGUGCCGCCGAGGCGGCCAGCAGCUCCCGGCCGCGCGUGUUGCUGCUCGAGUGGCUCGACCCGCCGUUCGACGGGGGCCACUGGGUGCCAGAGCAGAUCGAGGCCGCCGGAUGCGUCCCGGCGCGGAACGCCGCUGGCGGCCGGUCGACGGGGAUGUCCUGGGAUGAGGUGGCGGCGGCGGACGCGGACGUCGUCGUGGUCGCAUGCUGUGGCUUUGACCUUCGGCGCAAUGUCUCAGACGCCGUCGCGCAUGCCCCGGCGCUCUCGAAGCUGCGGGCCGCGCGUGACGGCCGAGUCUUCGCCGUCGACGGCAACCGCUACUUCGCUCGGCCGGCGCAGUCGCUGGCGGCUGGGGCCGCUCUGGUCGCGCGGUGCGCACACGGGCCCCUGGAGCUCGCCGCGGAGGACUUGCCCGAAGAGGGCAUUGGAUGGUGUCGCGUCGACGUCGCCGCUGCGACUGGCGCGGGUCGCGCCGCGGCGUCUGGCGAUGCGGCGGUCGCGGCGGAUGCGGGGCUCGCCGCAUCAGGCGUCGCCGCGGCGGUGACGGGUAGCGGUGGUGCGGGCGGCGACGGGGAUCUCGCGGCGGCAGGCGUCGCCGCUGCGCCUGGCGGCGAGGGCUGGGCAGCGGCGCACGCCGCGGCCGUCGCCGCCGGCAAAGAGACGUACGAAGACCCGGCGACGGGCUACUCGGUCUUCACAUCGCUGGCCCACGAGUCACGCGGCAAGUGCUGCGGCAGCGGCUGCCGCCACUGCUGCUUCGACCACGUUAACGUGCGGCGCGACCGGGCGAAGAAGAUCUCGCGGCCGGCGUGGCUCCUCGCGCCGCCGCCCGACGUCGCGUCCGCGGCCGUGCUGUUCUGGAGCGGCGGCAAGGACUCGUUCCUGGCGCUGCGAAAACUCCUUGCCGACGAGUCCGACCCCGAGAUUAUUCUGCUGACGACGUUCGACGCCAGCGAACGACGAGUAGCUCAUCAGGACGUCGACAUCGCGUCGAUCGUGCGCCAGGCCGAGCACCUCGGACUGCCGCUGCUCGGUGUUCCCCUUGACCGCGCGUCGGGCGAGGCCUACGCGGAUUCGAUCCGGGCGGGCCUGGACGCGAUCCGCCGGCACGUCGCCAUUGAGAGGCUCUGCUUCGGCGAUUUGCACCUGGAACAUAUUCGCGGCUGGCGCGAAGAGGCGCUCUCUAAUCUCGGCGCGGACCUCCACUUUCCGCUCUGGCAUGCGGACUACGAAGAGCUCAGUGCCGAUCUGCGCGCGUCGGGCGUGCCGUGCGACGUGUCCGCCACGACGGUCGACACGGUCGCGGUCGGCGAGCGCUUCGGCGAGUUCGAGACGCCUCACGGCCUCGACGCCUUCGGCGAGCGCGGGGAAUUUCACACGCUCGCUCGCGUCUGGGAGGUGCCGCGAAGAGCCGCGCUCGGUGUAUAA